GGAGAGGAUCAAAUGAGUCAAAUGGAAGUUGAAGGAGAUGCCAAUCCUGGAGUUCAAAUGGCUAUAUUGACUCACAAAGUGGAGGAGCUGUUAAGGAUAGUUCGAGCUCAAGACAAAGUGAUUCAAGGCCUAAAAGAGGAAUUGGAGGAUGAGAAAGUUCGCAAUAGCAGAUCCCGAGAAAAUUUUGGUGAGGAUGUCUGUGAAGCCUAAAGGGUAUUUCA